ACCUGCGAGCUCCACAAAAGAAAUCAUUCGAGAUGGCAGCGCAUCACUGAUGAGCAAACCUCACAGGGACAAACCCAAUCGCAGCAAUGGCGUCUCAUCUUGGCACCAUGCAAGGGUUGUUGGGUUGGUCGAUUGCAUCGGCAUGUGAGGUGGAUCUCAGUGUGGAGCAGGAAUCUCUGUGCUUCCAUGCCAACCUGAUCGAUCUCAUCAACGUUGUGCUCUUCGUCUUCUACCUCCUGACGCUGGUGAUCGCUGCCUGCAAGAAGCAGUUUUUGGUUGGCGCGAAGGACCUGCCAUGGCUGUGCCUCGUUGCUUCGUCUUGCUGCGCGGUUCUUGGCGUCGCGUGCAUCUGUCUGGGGGCGUUGAGACCGUCGUCGUCUGCUUCUUCGCCCGGAGACGGAGUGGCGGAGCUCCUCGUGGGAGGUGGCGUGUGGGUGCUCGUCUCGGUGUCUGUGGUGGUCCGUCCGACGAGGCUGUCGGGGGUCGCCGCCAUGGCGUGGUGGGCGGCGAUGGCGGCGAUGAGGACGGCGUUCGGCUUGGAGGUGGUGGCGGCGAGGGGGGUCAGUUCGCUGCCAGUGGUUGAUGUGGCGGCGUGGCUCGUCAGCGUCGUGCUUCUCGUGUGCGCGUUCGUUGUUGGCAGAGCCGGGCGCCGUGCAGCCGCCGCCACCGCCGGCGGCCGCGGCGGCGAGACUGAGCCGUUGCUGGCGGCGAGAGGCGGGGAGCGGUCGGCGUUGUUCGGCGAGGCCGGGUUCUUGAGCCGCCUGCUGUUCUUGUGGAUGGACCCGUUGCUGCGGCUGGGGUACUCCAAGCCGCUCGGCCUCGGCGACGUCCCGCCGCUGGACGCCGGCGACGAGGCGGCGCAGGCGUGCAACGCAUUCCUGCAAGAAUGGCACCGGCGGCGAGCUUCGUCGUCGCGGACGUCGGACGGCGAGAAGGGGACGAGCAGGCUGGUGCUCGCGGUGCUCGCGACGUGCUACAAGAAGGACCUGCUCGUGACGGCGCUGUACACGCUGCUCCGGACGCUGGCCUUCGGCGCCAUGCCGGUGAUGCUCUACUGCUUCGUCUCCUACUCCUACCGGCGGCAGCGGGACCUCGCCACCGGGAUGGGGCUCAUCGCGACGCUGGUGGCCAUGAAGCUCGUGGAGUCGCUGUCGCAGAGGCACUGGUUCUUCGAGGCGAGGCGGCUCGGCAUGCGCAUGCGGUCCGCGCUCAUGGCGGCCGUCUUCGAGAAGCAGCUGCGGCUGUCGAGCGAGGCGCGGCGGCGCAACUCCGCCGGCGAGAUCGUCAACUACAUCGCCGUCGACGCGUACCGGCUCGGCGAGUUCCCGUACUGGCUGCACCUCGGGUGGAGCAUGCCGGUGCAGCUCGCCCUCGCCAUCGCGCUGCUCUUCUGGACCGUCGGCACCGGCACGCUCCCCGGCCUCGUCCCCGUCGCAGCCUGCGGCGUGCUCAACGUCCCCGUCGCCAAGAUGCUGCAGCGCUACCAGUCGAGGUUCAUGCAGGCGCAGGACGAGCGGCAGCGCGCCACGGCGGAGGUGCUCAACGCCAUGAAGGUGAUCAAGCUCCAGUCGUGGGAGGACACGUUCAGGGAGGCGGUGCAGCGGCUGCGCGACGUCGAGGUCCGCUGGCUCACCGAGACGCAGGUCAAGAAGGCCUACGGCAGCGCCCUCUACUGGAUGUCGCCGACGAUCAUCUCCGCCGUCAUCUUCGCCGGCACGGCCGCGCUCCAGAGCGCGCCGCUGGACGCCGCCGUGGUGUUCACCAUCCUCGCCACCCUCCGCGUCAUCUCCGAGCCGAUGAGGAUGCUGCCGGAGGUGCUCUCCGUCAUGAUCCAGAUCAAGGUGUCGCUGGACCGCAUCGGCAAGUUCCUCAUGGAGGACGAGUUCCAGGACGACGCCGUCGACAGGACGACAAGCUCCGGCAUGGUCAUGGCCAUCGACAAUGGCGUCUUCAGCUGGGAGCCCAGCAAGGCCAUCGCCACCCUGAAAUCCAUCAGCAUCACCGCAGCGCAGGGCGAGAAGAUCGCCGUCUGCGGCCCGGUUGGCGCCGGGAAAUCGUCGCUGCUCUGCGCAAUGCUGGGCGAGAUACCAAGAAUGUCAGGAUCAGUAGCUCUGCGUGGAUCGAUCGCCUACGUCCCGCAGACGCCAUGGAUCCAGAGUGGCACGGUGCGCGACAACAUACUGUUCGGCAAACCGAUGAACAGCGAGGAGUAUGACAGGGCCAUCAGGUGCUGUGCAUUGGACAAGGACAUGGAGAACUUCCCCUAUGGUGACCUGACGGAGAUCGGGCAGCGAGGCCUGAACAUGAGCGGAGGGCAGAAGCAGAGGAUCCAGCUUGCGAGAGCCGUCUACAAUGGCGCCGACGUCUACCUCCUCGACGAUCCUUUCAGCGCCGUCGACGCGCAUACCGCGGCAACCCUGUUCAAUGAUUGUGCCAUGGCAGCCCUUGAGAACAAGACAGUCAUUCUUGUCACACAUCAAGUUGAGUUCCUUUCCAAGGUUGACAAAAUCCUGGUCAUGGAAAAUGGGGAGAUAACUCAGGAAGGAACUUAUGAGGAGCUACUGCAACCUGGCACGGCAUUUGAACAGCUUGUGAAUGCUCACAAGGACUCAAAGACAACAUUGGACUCUGAUGAUCGCCGAGAAGGAGCGAAAGAACUCGGCGCGUUUCAGUGCCAGGUAUCAGUGGUACAGCAGAACAGCGAGGCAGAAAUCUCCACUGGUAACCUGGUAUCAGUCCAGCUGACACAAGAGGAGAGGAGGGAGCUGGGAGAGAUUGGACUGAAACCAUACAAGGACUAUGUUUCAGUGUCAAAGGGCUGGUUCCUCCUUGGCAUGAUACUGGUCACGCAGUGCGCGUUCUUCGGCCUGCAAUGCCUAGCAACUUACUGGCUUGCAAUGGCGAUUCAGAACCACCAGUUCAGUGUUACAGUUGUGGUAGGAGUUUAUGCAGCGAUGGCAACUGUUAGCUGCCUGUUUGCUUAUGUCAGGAGCCUUAUUGCUGCAUACUUUGGAUUGAAAGCAUCGAAGGAGUUCUUUACCGGGUUCAUGGAUUCAAUGUUUAAGGCACCCAUGCUGUUCUUUGAUUCCACUCCCACAGGGAGAAUCAUGACCAGGGCUUCGUCAGAUUUGAGCAUCUUGGACUUCGACAUCCCGUUUGCGAUGACCUUUGUUAUAUCUGGCUCAAUCGAAAUAGCGACAACCAUACUUAUCAUGAUCCUUGUUACAUGGCAAGUUGUACUUGUUGCUGUCCCUGUCAUAGUUGCACUGUUGUACAUCCAGAAAUACUACAUUGCCUCAGCAAGGGAGCUGGUGAGGAUCAAUGGAACUACAAAGGCACCUGUCAUGAACUACGCAGCCGAGUCGAUGCUGGGAGUGAUCACCAUAAGAGCCUUUGCUGAAACAAAGAGGUUUAUUCAGACAAAUCUUCAGCUCAUUGACACAGAUGCGACACUGUUCUUCUACACAAAUGCAGCACUGGAGUGGGUGCUUCUGCGCGUCGAGGCCCUACAAAUCUUGGUUAUCGUUGCAUCAUCCAUCCUCCUUGUCUCGCUUCCGGAGGGAGCAGUUGCUCCAGGAUACCUUGGGCUCUGUCUCUCUUAUGCAUUAGUGCUUUCUUCUGCCCAAGUGUUUGUGACAAGAUUUUACUCAAACCUGGAAAACUACAUUAUAUCCGUGGAGAGAAUCAAACAGUUCAUGCACCUGCCAUCUGAGCCACCUGCUGUUAUCAGUGACAGAAGGCCUCCCCCUUCAUGGCCAUCUGCAGGAAGGAUAGAUUUUGAGAAUUUAAGAGUCAAGUACCGCGACAAUGCGCCUACGGUUCUGCGCGGAAUUACCUGUACAUUUGCAGCAGGGCAUAAGAUUGGAGUUGUUGGAAGAACCGGGAGCGGGAAGACGACUCUUCUGAGCGCAUUGUUCCGCCUUAUCGACCCUUACAGCGGGCGAAUUCUCAUCGAUGAUGUUGACAUUUGCACCAUAGGGCUGAAGGACCUGAGGAUGAAGCUCAGCAUCAUCCCACAGGAGCCAACCCUUUUCAGAGGCAGUGUGAGGAGCAAUGUUGAUCCUCUGGGUCAGCACACUGAUGAAGAUAUCUGGGAGGCUUUAGAUAAGUGCCAGCUGAAGAAGACAAUCAGUGCCCUUCCUGGACUUCUUGAGUCACCAGUGAGCGAUGAUGGGGAGAACUGGAGCGCCGGUCAGCGGCAGCUCUUCUGCCUGGCCCGCGUUCUCCUCCGGAGGAACAAGAUCCUGGUCCUCGACGAGGCGACGGCGUCCAUCGACUCCGCCACCGACGCUGUCCUGCAGAGAGUCAUCAAGCUGGAGUUUUCAGGGUGCACAGUGAUCACCAUAGCCCACAGGGUUCCUACUGUCACAGACAGUGAUAUGGUCAUGGUUCUUUCCUAUGGAAAACUUAUAGAGUAUGACAGACCAUCAAGGCUGAUGGAAAAUGAGGACUCUGCCUUCUGCAAGCUUGUAGCUGAGUACUGGUCCAACUAUAGUUGAAAUGGCCAAGGAAGCUGUCAGGAGCAUAAAAUGCCGACGAUUCUUCGUCAGAUUUACCGCUGGUAAUUCUUCAGUGAAUAAGUGGAACUGGAAAUUUGGGCAUUGCUUGGGUCACCAAUCAUAAUUCAGAUGGAUAUAUAUAUAUGAUGCAAUAAUGACCUGGAAUGUAUGUAUGAAGGGAGCUCAUCAAAACCAAGGGGUUCAUGCAAUGCAAUAGCAAGCCUUCCCAACAAGACAAAACAGUAACAAGAUAUGAUACACUUUGUUGGUA